AUGAAGGGAAAAAAAGGUGGCGCCCUUGCUAAAAAAAUUACUGACAUGACAUACUUUUUGGCAGUUAAGGCUUGCGAUUAUAUCAUAAGGCCCUUUUUGUGUUAUGGCUUCACCCCACUGAUAUUUGGAUAUGGCCUUUAUCAUAACAAUGAAUUUACAACUAACCCUUUUAAAUUAAUACCCAAAAUAUUAAUAGGAUGA